AUGACGGGAGCGAAGGUAAUCCACAUGAAAGUCAGGCCACGGGAAAUCCAAGGUUGUUUAUCCGUUGAAGUGCGAUACCAGACACCGCGUGAAGGGAGGGCACCGGACCCAGGUGCCACUCUCAGUCACAGCAGCGAAGCCGAGGUUGCAACACUGGCCAUAUUUGAGGAGAAUGCUUACGCCUCUUCUGAUCGUGCUGAAUGCACUGGGGACAUUGAGUCUGAGCUUCAAGAUGAAAUCCGCAGCAUUGCAAAAAUAAACGAAGGAUUGAAUGUAUUUGAGGGAGACAUAAUGGAGAGUAACUCGAGAAGCUCUACUUUGAGAGAGGGAGCCAAAUGGAACACUUCUGUUCCCUAUCUAAUAGGAAACACACUUGAUGUGCAUUCCAAAGGUAUUAUUUUGAGGGCCUUUGAGCAGUUUGGUCUGAAAUCCUGCAUCAACUUUAUUCCACGGCAAUUUGAAGAUUACUUCAUCGACAUCCAGAAAUUAGGAGGGUGUUUCUCUUAUAUAGGAAAACAGAAUCCAGGUGGACAGGAUCUUUCCAUUGGGUCUGGCUGCGCAUUUGUUCCCAUUGUGGAACAUGAGCUUCUUCAUGCUCUGGGCUUCUUUCACGAGCAGUCCAGAUAUGACAGAGAUGACCAUGUCACAAUAAUCUGGGACAACAUCCAAGAAGGGAAAGAGAACAAUUUCAAUAAAAUAAGUGAGGAUUACUCAAGCCUCCUUAAUACUUCAUAUGACUACACAUCUGUAAUGCACUACGAUAAAGAUGCCUUCAGUAAUGGAAAUGGAUCCACCAUCAUCACAAAGCAACCUGAGUAUCAAGAUGUGAUUGGCAACCGUAUAGAAAUGAGCUCAACAGAUGCACUGGAACUGAACAGGCUCUAUCACUGCGAAGAAUCCAUCUCCUUCCUGGACCACUGCAGCUUUGAGGAUGAGAGCCUGUGUGAGAUGAUUGUCUGCUCCAGGAUUUCAGCUGGAUGGCAGAGAGUGAGCCGAGCUGAUGGAGGUCCCCACUCAGACCACACCUACCUGGGCACUGACUCUCAGGGUUCCUUCAUGCAUUUCACCACCAAUCACAGCUCAGAGGGAGAAUCAGCCAGACUGACCACCAGGAGGAUGACUCCUGGUAGAACAUGCCAGGUCCAGUGCCUUCAGUUCUACUACUACUACAGUGGGAAUGAAACGGACCAGCUCAACCUCUGGAUCAGAGAGUUUGACAGUGAGGAGGACACAGAAGGAACCCGUAGGCUUAUGGGCCAGAUCACAGGUUCUCCAGCUGAGUACUGGAAGCUCCACCAUGUUCCCCUGAACGCCACUAAGACCUUCCAGGUGGAGUUUGAGGCCCGCAAAGGAGCAGGGGCCUCCAGCGGUGGCUUUUCCGUGGACGACAUCAACCUAUCAGAGACCGAAUGCCCCCAUCAGACAUGGCAAAUCAGGAACUUUGAGGAGUGCAGUAAUGAUGCCGCACUCCUCUAUAGCCAAAGGUACUACUCCAUAGAUGGCUAUGGGUAUCAGAUCCUGCUACAAUUGCGGAAGACAUUUUUUGGCGUAUAUGUGCGCUUGGUGUCUGGAGACUAUGACGACACGCUGGAGUGGCCGUUGGCAUGGAGGCAGAUUACAGCCCAGAUGCUGGACCAGAAUCCACACAUGCAGCUGCGCUUGUCCUGGGAGAGGAGUUUGACCACAGACCCAGUACUGAUAUCAGGUGGGAAGUUCGUUUGGGGAAACCCCAGAGAGGUGGGAAGUCUAAUCACAGUGGGUGGUGAGACCUUUAAUGCCUCAAUUGCUUGGGGAUGGGGAUACUUCAUGACCGCGGAGGACCUUCAGAAGAGAGACUUCCUGAAAGGAGGCAAUGCCAUCUUUGUCUUCACCAUGCAAGAUCUGAGCCCUCUGCUUACAAAUAACUCACUGCCCUGUGCCACAAUUCCUGUGCAGAAUUUCACUUUAACUCCUGAGGAGAGUAUUGAUGAUGGUCCCUGUUCACGGACUUAUGUGGUCUGGUCACCCAGUUCCCACACGUCACCGUUGGAGUCAGAGGACUUCUCAUACUCACGGAUCCACCCCCCUCUGCGCUCUCCGUUUUCUGAGAGCUUUAUCCUCAUCCAGACUUUCUGGUUGGUCCUUCACCUUAGCCUGGACCUCAGUGGGGGCGGUGGCCUGGAUCUUACCAGAACCAUCAUCCAGGACUUCCACAAGUGCGGGAAUCAGGAUUGCUACUAG